CAAGCCGGUAGUCACGGCAGUAUUGUGAGAACAGACGCCGGUCAAAACAACAUGAAAUAUAAGUGUAUCUGUGUGUUGCUCUGUUCUUUCAUAGCUGUGGGGAACACGCAAGUUUUUAGACCGGAAUUUUUUCCGAAAGCAAAAUGUCCCCAAGGCGAGCAUUUGGUCCUAUUCUGUUCCCGGCAAGCCGAACCAGAUUGCGACAUCCCGGAUUUCCACGACGCUAGUCGCCCGCAGGCGUGCGACAAAUCCAAGUGCCUGUGCAAUGCUCCUACUGUCCGGAACCUGGCCACAGGCUUGUGCGUGCACCCUGACGACUGCCCGAAGAAGGAGCUGGAUUAUCUCAAUUUGUAAACUUAUAUUUAUUUCGUUUGUGUUAUUGUGUUUAUUAUAGUGUUAUGUGUUGUAUUUUUGUUGAUAUAAACAUAAACAAUGCAAUUAAUUAUUAAUUAAUUAUAAGUAAAUUAGAUUUUAAAACAAACUCACGUUUGUUAUCGUUAUUGCAUCUAUUUUGUAUUGGUUGAUUCUUCGUUAGGUCACGACAUGAGUGUUUUUCAAUAUUUAAAAGUGUCUCGAAAGUUUAACGUUAUUUAUUUCAAGUUAUGUAUACUCCAAAUUCCUUCAAAAAUGCCGCACUUUACAUAGUGAAGGAUUGACUAUAAAUUAAACAACCAACCACAAAUAAAGCCAACAUAUUAUAAAAAAAAUCCAAACCCUUAUAUACAUUUCCAAUAAACAUUUCGAUAGCGCAAUGUAGAAAUUGUGACAGUUGGUAGAGCGACAUCUCUCGUGACAUUUGUUAAAAAUCUUAGUAGGUAUGACACUUGCCCUACGAAAUUACAGUUCCCAACAAGUUAUAUUUAGGUAGGUAGUUACUACUUAGGUAUUCUUGAUUUGUUAUCGUGUUUGUAAAAUUUUGUGUUGUGUUUUUGAUAAUAUUAAUGAUGCGGUUACCAUAAACUACUAUUUGUUUUAUUUCAUCCAUAGGUAUCACGGUUAAUAUUAAGUCUAAUGAAACUAAACGUGAAUCAUUCAAAACUCUUAUAGGUAAAAUCUGACUAAAAAUAUAAUUAUUAUGUUGCGGAAUUUUGUUAGUUUUCAUAUUAUACUAACCUGUCAAUCGCCGCGUGUUCAUCUGAACAUAGCCUCAGAA